AUGUGGCCACCACAGCCGAGCUCGGCCGUAACUGUCGAAGUAAACGAUGGCUAUAUUGUGGAAGUAUGGACUUGGUACGCGAUUGGCAUGAUAAUCAUUGCGCUUCGUCACGCUGUGCGCCUUCGAACCGUGGGCUUCAGGGGAUACCAAGGAGAUGAUUACCUGUCUUUUCUCUCCAUACUCUUAUACACCAUCGACACCACCAUGGGCUACUUUGCCUACUAUGCUGGUGGCAACAUCAGUGUGAAGCCCGAGCAGGUCGACUCGCUCAGCGACGAAGACGUAAGGAUCCUCGAGAUGGGCAGCAAGAUGGAGUUUGUGACGUGGUACACCUACCCGGGCUUCGUCUGGGUCCUGAAGUUCAGCAUCCUGUUCUUCUACCGACGGCUGGCCGUGGGUCUGAUAAAGGAGAGCACGAUAAGGCUCCUCUUCUUCUUCUGCGGCAUCACCUGGGCGGCCCUCAUAGCGAGCGUCAGCCUGACCUGCCUGCCCUUCCACAACAACUGGACGGUGCGGCCGCUGCCCGGCGAGCGCUGCAUCUUUCGCGCGCAAAACUUUUACGCCCUGGCCGUGCUCAACAUCGUCACCGACGUCUGCAUCCUGACCAUCCCGGCGCCCAUGCUCUGGCACCUGCGCGUGUCGAUAUGGAAGCGCAUCGGCGUCACCUGCCUGCUCUGCGGCGGGCUCUUCGUCAUCUCGGCCGCCAUCAUCCGCUGCGCCCUGACCCUCACCGCGGCCCCGAGCGUCCUCACCAUCAACAUAUGGGGCUACAGGGAGACCGUCGUCGCGCUGCUGGCCGUCACGGCCCCGGUCCUGAGCCCGCUCUUCAGGAAGGGCUUCUGGAGGCGGGGCGGGUGGGUGCGCCGGCCGGCCACGGAUCUGCAGCGGCGCCGGGCCGAGGCGGAGCUCGGGGAGAUUGAGAGGAGGAGGAGGUUUUCGCCCAGCUUCAAGUGGGACUUUGGGAGCAGCAUCAUGAAGACCUCCCUCGUGACGGUCAAGUCGAGCAUGAGGUCCGUCCUCGGGACCACCGCCACCAGGACGGUGCUCCACGGAGAUUCGGACCUCGAGGCUAAUGCUGGUGGUCAUGGCGGCUGCGGGGACGGUGGAGGUGGUCGCCGUGCCCCACGGAUGAAGUCGGUAGGCACUCAGACCUUGACCGAUGCCGAUAUGCCGACAUGCCCUGCCGGCGUCCAGCGCUACGGGAUGGAAUUCAUCACGGGGUCCUCGCUGCUGGCUGAGAGCGAAGAUGGGAACUUGCCGAGGCCUGGGACGGCCGACAAGGAGAAACAAGAGGACUUGGCCAAGCCUGAAUCAAGCACCAACGAGGAAAGACAGAAAGACAUUGCCGACUGA